UCUGGGCUGUUGCUCUUUCCGAAUCAUGGCGCCAUCGCUGAGGAAGGGGUUGGUAGGAAUCGGCCUCUUUGCCCUGGCCCACGCCGCCUUUUCUGCCGCGCAGCAUCGUUCAUAUAUGCGAUUAACGGACAGAGAAGACGAAUCACUGCCAAUGGACACAGUUCUUCAGACGCUUCUGGCCUUUGCAGUUACCUGUUACGGUACAGUGCAUAUUGCAGGGGAGUUUAAAGACCUGGAUGCCGCUUCAGAACUAAGAAACGAGACCUCUGACACCCUAAGGAAUCACCCGUCGUUUUAUGUAUUUAAUCAUCGUGGUCGAGGACUCUUCCGGCCUCCGGAUACCGCAGGUUCUUCCCCUCCAGAGGCGUUGGCCUCCGACCCAUCACUGAAGUCACGAAAACUGGAAUCACUGCGCCGCCGAGGAGGCUUUCACAGAUUAGAGUAACAGGACAGGACACAGAGUUGAAUCUUGGAGUUUGGGGUCUAAAACACUUCCCCCACCCCCUCAGUAUUUUUACUGAUCUUUCCGACCUAAUUAAAAAAAAGAAAAAUCUGUGCCCCUUGUUUGUACAUUGUUAAAAAAAAUCAUAGAUGCCGUGUAAAUUAUCUACAAAAUGAGCCUUUGAUCUUUCAUAUAUAUUUUCAUUUGAAACAAAUUCGCAUCUUUUGUGAAAUUCACUGUUUUGAACACAUUUCCUUGAAAAAUGUUGGUGUUUGUGUUUAUUUUCUUAGCUUUCUUUUGCACUAGUUCUUAGGAAUCCUUUUGGAAAUACUGUGUGACUACUAUAUUUUUGCAGCAUGAACUAUAAUAAAAUGGUCUUCAAUUCUUAUCAAAUGGACUUCCCUAAUGAGACCAAAAUGGUGACUUCUCAGUUUUUCUUAUGUGUCCUAAAAAGUGGCUCUUUUUUUCCAGGAUCCUUGCCCGAUCUUAAUUUAUCCUUGAUCCUUAUCCCACCCCACUCCCAUAUACCUUCUAACAUCAGUUGUCUUGUUUCAUCACUUCUCUGAGGUUGUGCGCAGUGAGCAAUUUUUGUGUCAGAAAUUCUGUCAUAACAAAUGCACCUAACAAUUUAACUUGCUGUAAUGCUGCUUGUGUUCUCAUUUAGCUGUAAAAUUUUUUCCUAACUUUGUAGUAUAAGAAUAGUUGAAGAUAGAACAAAAAUGCCAUUUGUGAUUUCAUUUUCUUCCCUCUGUGGAACAAUCAUAAUCACUGAGGAACACCGAUUACAUGUCAUUAGCCAGUUUUACUUAUUCAAAGUCUGUGUUAGUUUAUUUCUUAUUAAAUUAGUGAAAAUAAUGGAAGCUUCUCAUUAAUCUAAAGGCAAACUCAAAAGAAUUGGGCCAAAUAUGUUCUAAAUAUUUGGAACUCAUAUGUUGAAUAUUUUAGAAAAUUAAAUUCAUUUCAGAAAUUAUAACCGGCUUAGAGUUUUCAAUCUUCACUGUAUAGUGCCGAAGAUGAAAAUGGAUACAGAGUUGAAUUUUUUCAAAAAUAGUAAUUUUACUCUUAAGGAAAAUGUGGCUAGCUCUUUGAGCAGGAAGCUCAGUAUUUCUUGAUAGAGAACAUUACUUUUGUUGAAUUGAACAAUUAUAAUUGUACGAAUUGUAUAGGUGUAAAGGGAAUAAAUGUAUGCAGGUUUGAAAAGGAAAUGUGCUUUAGGCAAGAAUCAUAAGAUGUCCUUAUUUACUUGGUGGCAUUUUGUCCAUUGGAAAUGAACCUUGGCUCUUCCAUUCUUCCUGGUCAUGCACAGCCCCAAAGGAUGAGAUUAUUUUGUCAUUGGAUUUUGAUUGUUGUUUUCUUUUGUUUUACCAGCUUAGUCAGUGGAACACUGACUUUGAUCUCUAAGGAGAACAAAGUUAGAAAUCUGCUGAUAACCUAAAAUAAUUUAGAAAUGUGUUAAAAUGUGAAGUCAGGGAUUAAAGUAAUGAAGUCAAAAUAGCAUGUGGGAAACAGGGCUUGUCUACCAUUUCCUCAGGUAUGGCUUGAUUUGGGAGAGCCUUCUGUUUUCUUCUCUUUUGGGGCUGUCUUCCUUUCUUAAUGUUUUUGUAACAAUGUUAUUGGCAUAUAGUUCACAUACCUUGUAAUUCACCCAUUUAAAGGGUACAACUUCAUGAUUUUUAUAUUCACAAAGUUGUGCACUCAUGAUCACAGACAAAUUUAGAGCAUUAAUCACACUAAAAGUAAUCCUGUGCCUUUGGCAGUGGUCUCUUAUUUCUUCCCGAUGUUCCCCAGCCCUAGGCAACCACUAGUUCACUUUAUAUCUCUCUCUAUAUAUACCUAUUUUGAUCAUUUCAUAUAAAUGAAUUCAUACACUAUCUAGUCUUGUGAUUGGCUUCCUAAAAACGAUUUUCUCUAUCAUGAAAAAUUUGUUCUCAUUUUGAGAACUGUUACUGUAGUAUAAGGAAGUAACUGGUAAAUGAAUGAAUUUAAGGAAGGAGGGCCAGAUACCUCAUGGGGUUCUCAGAUUAAUCUUAUGUUGAAUAGCCAAUCAUUCAUGGUAUACUAUGGCUUAUAAUAUUCUGGCUAAUUUGUAGAAUGAACAUUGAAAUAUAUCUUUGCCAGCCCAUUCACAAAAGUCCUACUAAAAAGUGAUGCCAAAUAAUUUGGCAAAUAAUUGACAAAGCAGUUUUCAGGUGUGUCUGUCUUUGUCAGCACCUCUUACACCUCGGGCCAGGUGAACUCCCCAAAUCUCUUUUAAAACUUACUCCACUGAAUUUCUGCUGUUUUUUUUAAGUAUGUACCAUUGUACUAAAGGUGAUUUGGGUGCAUUUUAACUGUGCUAAAUGUAUUAAGUGGGAUUUUUUAUUUACAUCAUUAUGAGAUAGUUCUUUAUUGCCUAAGGUAGUUCAAAACUAUAGUGGUGAGAGCUAGCUAAUUUUUCAGUUGACCAUGAUUUCAGUGACAAUUCAGAAGUGUGAGAAGUGCGUCCAAACAAGUCCUCUAGAAUACAGGAAGAUGCAAUAACCAGGGAACCAGCCAAUAUUAUGGGCUAAUGGCCCAAAGGCAAAAAACAGAGAUUGGUGAAUUGGCGACUAUUAUGCUCUGUAACUCCCUAAUUGUUUCCCAAGCAUUGUGGCUUAUUUUUGAGUGGCAUGACAGCAUCUUUCUGGUUGUAUGUGGCCCAUUUCCAUGAUGUAUUGAGUAGUGUUGUUUGUUGUGAGCAUCAGUGCCUGUAACACCAAGCUAAACACAUUUUUGAAUAUGUUUUCUCUCUUUAAAUGACCUUGCCCUGUCCAAUAAAUAAGUGAUUGUCUU